CGAAGAGCAGCAAUGGACUGGGGAUUCAGGAGCUACUUUAUUGAGUCGACGGCUGCUGCUCGUCUUCUCGUUCGUUUUGCCAGAUCCCGAGCCUUUUCCCAGAAAUGCCUGUCUUUAAAGUAGUCACCGCGGUAGCGAUGAGAGCGCUGCUGGUACGCAACGUUUCCUUACUGUGCGACUGAACGACUGAGCGACUGUGCGACUGAGAGACGGAGGGACUGAGCGACUGAGCGACUGAGCGACUGUGCGACUGUGCGACUGAGUGACCGAGCGACCCAGCGACCCAGCGACUAAAACGACCGAGCGACGGAGAUACUGCGUCAUAAGUGGGGCUGAUCGAUCACGACCAUGGCGCGAACCAGAUUCGCCUCGACCCUCCCGUCGGCCCUCCCUUCAGGCCUCUCUUGGGUCCGCCCUUCCCUGCGGCUCCGUCUCUUCGUCGCGGCGUCCCCGCUACUACCGGAGGCAUAUCUCGUGGAGGGCGAUCUCGUGGAGGGCGAUCGCGUGAAGGGCGAUCUCGUGGAGGGCGAUCGCGUGGAGGGCGAUCGCGUGGCACAAUUCCCCGACUGCCCGCUCACCGGGCGGCGGCGGCGACCCAAGAAAAAACCCCGGGACCCCUGCGUGGGCCAUCCUCUCGCCCCUCCUUUGCCUCCUCCUGCUGCUUUCCCUCCGUCGCGGCGUCCCCGCUACCGUUGGGCUAUCGCGUGGAGGAGUACCCCGACUGCCCGCUCACCGGGCGGCAACCCGAAUAUAUCGCGGCUUUUCCGGCCGUCGAACCGGGCCCUGGCUCGCCGCGGAGGUGCUUCAGCGAGGACGACGACAGGACGUGCUGCGGGCCGUGCGGCGGCUGGGAGCUCGGGUUAAGAUAUGUGCAAUCAAACGUCUCCCUCGUCUUUGACGCCUUUGGCGGCCCUGCUGCUGCUGGCAUCGACCCGGCCAACCCGCCCACUGCAUGUCAAGCCUCCAAGGCUAUCUGCUGUGCGCGCAUCUGCUCGAAAUGGUCAUGUGCGUGGCCACCUGCAACGCAGGUACCU